CAUUUUGCCGGGUGUGUUCUUGGUUCGUAUUUGAAAUCUUCGCAGUGCGAAAAGUGCAGCAAAUUUGUAAAGACGCGUUGUUGGGGAAAAGUUCAAAUAAUUGAAAUAAAACGGGAGCAAUUUUUUGAGCUGUGUGUGUUUUGAAAGUUUGUGUGAAGUUUAAUAAUUUGAAUUCAGUCAAAUAUUGUUUAAGCAAUUUCGAGUACAAUUUUUAGCUUGUGCAAGGAAGACAAUAAAGUCCAAAAGGCGUGAACAACGUAAAAGGAAUAAGGUGUUCGUGUUAAAUUCGCAAUUUUAAAAUGGAGCACGAGGAUAAUGCGCACUUAGGCAACUUUUUGCAAAGCUCGCCACAUUUGAUGGAGAAUUUGCAGAUGGCUAGCGGUGAUGGUAUGUGUGAUAAUGCUGUAGCAGAGGAGAUUGGUGUUGGUGGUAAUAUUGGUGCAAAAUUUGAGGAGCAUGAGGAUGAAGAGGAAUGGAAGUAUAUUACAGAAGGGCAACAGAGCGAAAAGCAACAUCAGCAGUUGAAAGCCGGUAUAGACUGUAAAGAUCUGGAAGGUGUAGAAAUUGGCAACGGCCAUGGUUACGAGCUUGGCAAUGUCGGCGCCGAAGAUAUGCUAUUACUAGACAAGUACGAAGCUGGUAACGGUGUCGCUAGCAUCUCAGCCUCAGUCGGCGUAGACGCCAUCAUCGCCGCAACCGGCAUUGAAGAGAAUGAAGACAUAAUAAAAAAUGAUGGUGAUUUUUCAACAACUUCGAAUACCACAUCUACUGCCGGCGAAGACGUCGAUGCUGAUACCGGUGUGUUGCAAGUAGAAAUGAAAAUCGAAUCAGCACCAGAGGAGCACUUGCUGCCCCAACAUAUUGAAAAUUGUUUGGGUGUUGAUAUUGUUGGCAAUGUGGCGGACGAAACAGAAGAGGACGAACCGAGUUCAAUGGCCACUACUAAUACCAACGGAACAAGUAGCCUUAGCGAGAACGCGCCACCCCCUCACGCAACUGAGGAAAAUAUUCUCAAAAUGGAAGAUAUUUCAAUUGGGGGCACAGAAAACGCUGAUCAAAUAUUGACAAAUACUAGUUUCGAUGUUGAUAAAGAGGUUAUAACAAGGCCUAAUGAUUUAGAUUUUGAAACACAUUCGCAAUUAAAUCCAAAUGCAAUGGAGUUUGUUCCCAGCUUUGGAUCGAAUCCAACUUCACCCGUAGUGCCCACAAGGGAUAACAAGGCUUUUGUGGUUGGCGAACUGGCUUUGAAUAGUGGUGCAGAAAUACAACUACAACCACACCCAAGUACAAUACCCCGGCACCUGCUUAGUGAUGAUGACUUCUUAGCUCAGAGCCCACGCAAGGGAGGUAUGGAAUCCAAUUUGGAUGGUAUUGCUUUACCUGAGGAAAAUGACUUUGAGCACGAAGUCGCCACACGUCCGCAUGAAUUGGAGCAAGACGACGACGAUUUAAUUGGUGUUGGUAUGGUGCAGAACUCGCAACAACCAGCUGAAUUACUACAAGAACAAUUGGAAAAUCAUAAUAAUGAUGACGUGCACUUGCUUGAGCCAGAAACAAACUUAGAAGAAGAUUGUUUAGAUUUCUCGCGUAAAUCGCCUAUAAGUAUAAUCGAUCAUGGUCCUGAGACAUCUGUUGAUUUGGAUGCGGAUAGCGGCAUUAAGCCGAAUGAUGUUGAGAAGGUUGCACAGCAUAAAGACAUAUCUAAAGAAGAGCCUAUCGAAGAUUUACUAAAUACUGUACAACCAUUACCAUUGGAUAUUGAAAGUUUGAAUGCUUCUUUUGUUGAAGAACCAUCACAACAAUUAGCAGCUGAAGGUAAAGAAUUGCUUGACGUCGAAGAGAAAGAAAACAUUUCACACUCGCUCUCAACUGAAGAAAUGCAGAUGAACUUGCAAAAUGAUUUUAAUUCAUCAGCAAAAGAUAUACCACAAAUACCGAUUGAUAUGGACAAUGCUGCACAUAUGCAAGAGUCGUUUUAUAUUGAAAGUACCUCAUCAGACUCCCGACAUCAACUCGGAAAACCAAGUGGAGCAGACUUUGAAAAUACUGAUGUAGCACACUUUCCCGCAAGUGAUGAAUUCGGCGUUCAUGGCGAUGAAAAUCUCAAUGAAGACGCCCACAUUUCCUUAGAGCAAAAACUUGUCAUCGAUGAUAUUUCAGUCGAAUCUACGGGUGACGUAGAAUCCAAUAUAAUUGAAGUUGAAUCCCAAGUUGGGAUUGACCCUGCAUCUCCAUCUCUGAAUAUAUUUGCGCCAGAAUUCACACCUGAACAGAAACCGGCUGAGGCUGAUGUGAUAACACCUUCUCCGAUAUCAACAGAGGAAAAACAUUUGGUCGAAGAAACCAAAGAACUGACAAUUAAAACAGAAUCUUUAGAUGAACUCGAGCAGAAAAUGGAGGAUCUAGAACUUUUUACAAAGGAUGAAAUUCUCUCACAGGUAGAGGAGGUUGCCCAGACCGCGGCUAACAUCGUUGAAAGUCUGAAUCCAUUUGCUGCUCCAGAACCCGAACAACACGAAACGGUUGAACAAUCACCAAUUGAAGCGGAUCAUCUGUUUUCAACCGAAUCGCAGCUACACGCUGACUUUUUGCAACAAAACGAACAAUUGUACCACAACGAACAACAGGAACUACACCAAGCACAAGAGCCCCCACAUGAACAACAUGAAGACAACUUGUUUUCGCUACAGCCAGAGGACCAGCCACCAGCAUCCGAGGCCAAGUUAGAGUCCGAGUUGAAUGGAUUUGAGGAAUACGCACCCGCAUCUCUUUCCAUUACUACUCCCCCCGAACCGGAGCUGACCGCUUUAUCAAAUGAAUCAGCGCUGGAACCGACAUUCGCAGCUCAUCUAGACGCAGCUAUUGCGGAGCCAGAGCCCCUAUCAUUGAAUAAGCCAGAACCUAUGAAUCAGCCAGAACCUGAAACUGUGUUUGAGCCAGAGACUAAAAUCGUGUUGGAGCCAGAACUUGCUUCUCAACCAGAGCCUGUGCGCGUGCCCGAAGCAGAUACCGAGCCUGCGUUGAUAGUGAGCCAUGACAUUGUUUCAAAUGUGUCUAUUAACGGUGAUUCUUUGCUGGUGGUACCCGAAGAGCCUGCUCUUACUGCUGCAGUAGCAGCCUCUGAGCCUGCAUUUGAUGAAGCCAAGCCGUCUGUAGACGAAGCUGUGGUUGCGGACGAAACUGUGACUGCUGCCGCGGCUAUUGGUGCUAUUACAGCUGCAGCUGCCGUUGCAACUGUUGCCACUACUGCAGGUAAAAAAACUGACAUUAAAAAGCCUCGUACACCCACUUCCACGAAAUCGAAAGCAAUUGAUGUCAAAAAGACUACAGAGCCAAUUAAAAAACCUAUUGCUGCUACUGCUGGCAAAACGGCUGUUGGUGGAGCCUCAACCGCAGCUAGGCCACGUUCAACUCCGUCUAGGGCAACAACUACCGCCGAGAAGAAGCCGACAGCUAUUACUAAAUCAUCGACUACCACAGCUACUCGCAAACCCUUAACUUCCAUGGCUGCAACGACUAGAACAGUUACUAAGACAACUAAUGCAACACGUCCAACGUCAGCACCGACAGCAGCUAAGCUAUCUGCACCGCGUACUACUACCGCAACUACUGCACGCCGUUCGGCACCAACUAGCACAGGCGGUUCUACAACUACUUCCAAUGGCACAUUCGCCCCCAAAUCCAAACCAGCCAGCAGUGCACCAACUAAACCGACUACUUUGGGGCUUUCGGCUACAACUAAACCCAAAUUGUUAUCGCCACGCACGACUUUGACUUCGCAAGCACGCAAGUUGACCCCUACUAGUACUACGGCUAGGAGUCCACUUAAAACUACGGCACCAACUACCAAUGGCGUCACAAAGACUUCGACAACCACAGCGACUGCUAGUCGCGCCAAGAGCUCGACUUCUACCACCAUAACAACCACAACUACAAAGACUUUCACAGCACGUCCUGCACCGAAGACCACGCAUUCAUCGACCUUAACAUCGACUACAACACGUCGAACUGUAGGCAGCGUAUCGAACAGUAGCACAACUGGCACAAGAACUGCAACCAGUAUGUUGCAGAAAAAGACACCACCGGGCAGCACCAGGCUUACAACAACUGGCAAGUCUUCACUAACGCCUACUAAGACAUCAGGUGCAGCUCUGAAACCGAAAACCAAAGAUGUGACUAAGAAACCAGUAACUCCAAUCAAAUCGGCAAAUGAGGUAAAGCAUAAACCUGCCGUAGAGCAACCCAAAACAAACGGUACAGCUAGUACAGGAGCAGAAAUCGAUCUGGGGAAUGAUUCAAAGCAACAAGCAAAUUUGAAUGGUGAAGGUGAUGGCCCACAGCAUCUGCUUGAAAAUGGUAUGCAUCACAUGGAGUUAGAGAACGGCGACGGCUCAUUGUUAGAACAGCAUGUAGAAGCAGCUCUGGUCGAUGCUUAAAAAGUAAAGAAUUAGAAGACUUUGUAUUUUUUAAAGUGCAGUAAGCAAAAUGAAGAAAUGUGAGAUAUCAAAGAAAGCGUCGUCAUUUAAAUGUAAUUGUUUUUGUGGGGGAAUCAACCUUGAGACGAAUACAAACCGCAAGGUACUAGGAAAUAGAAUAGGAAGUAGCGACGGGUAGAAGAAGCAGCUGCGCAUAAUAUUACUAACAUUAUUGCUAUGCAGAUUGCUAAUCACAAGGAAUACAAGUAAAAGCGAAAGAGUAUUUUGGCAAGGGUAGAGAGAAGUAUGCUAAUAUGAACAAAUUAUAAUGAGCGAUACCAUGAGAGAGAGAGAUAGUAGAAUUUCGUAUUUGCGACUAAACGUAGAUAACACAGAUCAGUCACUUAAUGAAUUCGACUAGAACGAAACAGCAGCGUGGAAUGUAAAAAUAAUAAAAAAUGGCAAAUUGCAUGUAGAACGAAUGCAAACAAGAAAAACAAAACAAAAACAAAAUUAUUGCAUAUAUAUUUGCAACGAAAAUAUUUACAAUUUGAACUUGAAUAGUUGUCAUUUCCUUUCGCUCGGUUUAAAUUUAAAACUGUGCACGUCUUAUUUAUGUGUGUAUAUUAAAUAUUCGAUUGGUCACUGUACUUUAAGUUGCAUGCUUCACUAUGGUGUUUUGUAGCUUCGUUGUUUACUUUUUUUUUUUUUUCUACUUUGAAAAAAAGAAGAGAACAAAAUUUUUAUUGGACAUUUUUGAAAUAUUUUGUUAUUUUGCUUUUAUGUUGUAAAAUUUUGAUAGUUCGGUGACUAAAAUGUUUUAAUUGCCUUUGUUGCUCGCUCUUUUGUGCACGGCCAUGACCUUAGUGGUGAAUAUUACCACAUCCGGUAGGAUGGCUAUAAAAAAUGUUGCACAGUUCAAGACAAAAUAAUUAUUGUAAACGUUUUUUAUACACAAUUUCUACUAUGGAUGGACGUUCGAAUUUUCGUCGUUUAUCAUGGAUUUCUAUGUAUUGUAAUGGAUUUUUAACUUUUACUUGUCGUUUCAAUAGUUAACUUUGUGCUGGUGAAUGUAUGGAAAAGACGAAACAAAAGAAAAAAAAACGAAAUAAAAAAUCAUAAAAUUUAUGAAAAAUCAAACGAAACAAAAAAAAGUUAUUCUUACUAUCGCAUGUGUAGACCAGUAAUAUUGGCAUAAUAACGGUAUAAUUUAUACUAAACUACUAAUAUCCAUUAUGCAAAACCAUUACAUGAGAAAAAGCAAAUGCAAAUGUGCAUAGCAAAAACAAAAAACACAAAAAAAAAACAAAUAAAUGGUUUAAAAAAUUAAGCGCAGAACGCGUCGUACUAAAAAAAAACAAAUAUAUGAAGUGAAAAUAUCUUUUAUAUACAUACACGAAUACCUAUUAAUUAAUAAAUGACAUGCGAAAAGAUCUUUGAAUCAGUAAAUAUACAUAAAUCAUAUUACGAUCGAAUUCUGCAUUUUUAAUAUAUUUUUGUACUUCAUUAAUUUGUUCCUGUUUACAAUACGUGAGAAAAUGUAUAACUAAAGAAAACGACACAGUAUACUUAACGAUUUUAAAAAGUGUUUAUUAUUACAUAUAUGCCAAUCAAUAUGUGGAUGUCCUUUGCUCCUAUCCAGUGUAUUAUUAUUAUUCUUACUUUUAUUUUAUUAUUAUUUCCUUUGAGAUUCAUACUUUUAACCUUUGCUGGUGUUGCCCUUUGUAUUAUUUUCUUUAAUUUAUUAAAAGUUAAAAAAAAAAAAUGAAAUUCUCAUCUUAAAAGUCUGUCAAAACAAACAUAUAUAUAUAUAAUAUUAUAUUAUUCUCAAAACUACGAUAAAUUUACGAUAAACUUGUACGCAAAAAAAAAACGAUUAAAAAGCUACAAAAAAAGAAUAAAACUAA